AAUGGUUUACCGGACCUGAUUUUUUGUGGAAUCUUGAACUUCCCGUAAAUUGCGAUUUCAAAGAAGAAUCCCUAAUUUCCAAGGAUGACCCAGAAGUAAGAAAAGUUCAAGUAUUUGCAACACAGUUAACAAAACCUACUGUAAAAUUCGACUUAUCACGUUUUAAGCAUAUUUCAACAUGGUUUCGAGUUAAAAGAGCUGUUGCCCUGUGUCUGCGAUUAAGAAAGAAGAUACAAGUUAAUCAGGCGAGUCUGAAAUCUGUUUACACACCUUUAACCGUGGAUGAAUUACAACAUGCUGAAACAAUAAUCAUUAAACUUCUUCAAUCACAAGUUUUCAGCGAAGAAAUACAAAUUUUGAAGAAAUUACAGAAAGCGACUGAUGAUAAUGCUGCGAAGAGAAAACUAAAGAAAUCAUCAUCGUUAUAUAAGUUAGAUCCAUAUCUUGAUCAUAAUGGUAUAAUUCGAGUUGGUGGACGCCUUAAAUUGUCUAAUUUGGACCCUGCAGAAAAGAAUCCAAUAAUACUGCCUAAGAAACAUCAUUUGACUACGUUGAUCGUUCGUCAUUUCCAUGAAACUGUAAAGCAUCAAGGUAAAGGUCUCACAACUAAUGAGAUACGCUCCAGUGGAUUUUGGAUAUUAGGAUGUAGUUCAGUCGUUUCAAGUUACAUCUAUCAUUGCGUCAUCUGUCGUAAAUUGCGAGGAAGAGUACAAGAACAGAAAAUGUCAGAACUUCCUGAAGAUCGAUUAGAGCCUGCGCCUCCCUUCACAUAUUGCGCUGUUGAUUGUUUUGGACCAUGGACUAUUAAGGAAGGAAGAAGCGAACGAAAGCGUUAUGGUGUAUUAUAUACAUGUAUGACUAGUCGAGCUGUUCACAUAGAAAUUGCGAAUAGUUUGUCAACAGACUCAUUUAUUAACAGUUUGCGUCGAUUUAUUGCUAUUCGCGGUCCUGUACGUCAGUUACGUUCGGAUAACGGCACCAAUUUUGUUGGAGCAAAAAGAGAAUUAUAUGAGCUUAUUCAUAAGAUCAAUCAUGAUCAUGUUAGACAAUAUUUGUUAGAAAAUGGUUUCGACUUUGUUUUCAAAAUGAACAUCCCUGCUGCGAGUCAUAUGGGCGGAGUUUGGGAACGCCAAAUAAGGUCAGUGCGAGCUGUUCUCUCUACGCUUAUGAUGCAGUCUGGAACACAGUUAGAUGAUGAAUCUCUUCGUACUUUUAUGUAUGAAGCUGCAGCAAUUGUGAACAGUCGUCCCUUGACUGUAGAUACUCUUAAUGAUGUCACAUCUUUAGCACCUUUGACACCUAAUCAUUUGUUGACUAUGAAGACUAAGAUUAUAUUACCACCUCCUGGAGAAUUUCAAAAGGAAGAUGUUUAUUCUAAAAAGCGAUGGCGUCGUGUGCAGUAUAUGGCCAAUGAGUUUUGGACACGGUGGAAACGCGAAUUUCUACAAAAUCAACAAGUGCGCUCUAAAUGGAAUGAUUCUAAACGUGAAAUUUGUAACGGUGAUAUUGUUCUUCUGAUAGAUGAUAGUCUUCCGCGAAACCAAUGGUCAGUGUGUCGUGUUGUUGAAACAUAUCCCGAUGCAGACAAUCAUGUGCGUAAAGUAAAGCUUUACAUUGGUAAUAAAUAUUUAAAUUCUGAUGGAAAAUGUGUAAUUCCGCCUGUAUAUUUAGAACGUCCAGUACAGAAAUUAGUUUUACUUCUUGGACUUGAAGACCAGGGAAAUCCCCGCCAAGGAGCCAACUGAACUGUCUUUUUAAAAUUAGAACUCUCUUUAUUAAGUUCGUUGAAAUAUUGAAUAUGUAAUAGUUAGGUUGUUAUGUUUUUUUUGUUGAAAAUCAGCAUACUAAUUUUGAGGAGCCAUGUAACAAUUGUCGUCUUGCCGUAGUGUUGCGAUUGAAUGAAUUCAUAGUCAAGUAUAGGCCGUAUGACUUCCUAGAGGGGUAGCUAUUGGGAGCAUCAAUUGUUUACAUUCUAUGGUUUCCUAAUUAUAUUUUAUAUCCGAAGUAUAGAUAUGUUUAUUAGUAGAUUCUAUAUAUUAGAGUAAAUAUUAAAUACGUACAUAAUUAUUCAGUUAAUCAAAUUAUGAUUAUAAAUAUUUGGUUCGAAUUUGUAUAUGUAAUUUAUUAGUUACUCCUAUAAAUCGUGGUCUUUCGUCUGGGAUCAAGCAUGGCAGCCAAAUUUGUGCGUUGCGGAAAGGGGUGAAGUCAAAAAGUUUUCACAUAUGUGUAUUGUGUGUAUGUUCAACUUGAUAUUCAUCAUAUAAUCAACUUAGAAUUGUCUGUCAACUAAAUGAUGAUAUAAAGAGAAUUCAUUGAACCCUAAAA